AUGACGUUUUUCGAUCUGGAAGAACAAUCGGCAGCAAUGCCGUACUUGUUACGGUUGCUGACAAUUGUAGGACUUCGCGGCAGUUACACUCAGCAAGUGCGCUUUGUGGCACUUGUGUUAUGGGCGAUAGUGACGUUAAUUAUUCCGAAAAUGAUUUUCGGUUACCGGGGUCAGAUUGAUUUGAUGAUUCGCGGUCUAUCCGAGUUGGUUUUUCAGAUCCAUCAAACCGCCAGGAUAGUGAUGAUUUACUGGGAAAUAGAGCACCUGGAAGCGAUUGUUAGGAUCGUACAGAAAAUGUUUAAAAAUGUUCGUGCUAUGACUUUGGACGUAGAAAUGAACGACAUGGUGGAUAGUGCUAAUCUGUUACAAACAGUUGCAGUAUUUUUCCUCAACCGAAAUCACAAUGCUACAGAAAAAAUCGAUUUCCUAACUACAAUGGAGCUAGAGUUCUACGGCUUGAAUAUUCGUGAAAAUAUAGUUCAUUAUGCCAUUUUUGAGUUUUGUGUCGGCAUCGUUCACUACUGGACUGCAGCUGCAUUUGCAUUGGGUGGAAUUGUCGUCUACUGUCCCAUCGUUUACAUAACACUGAUCUUCAGAAUAGUUACGAUGAGGUUGAAGAAACUUAGUCGACUUUCCAGUGUGGCUUUACAAAACGAACUAUUCAACAUCAUCGAUCUACAUCUGGAAGGAUUAAAAUGCGUCGAACAUUUGGAGAGAAUUGUCACUAUUCCCAUGAUUUCACAGCUUCUUGCGUUUGUACUCAUCCUGUCAUCUAUGGUUUUAUAUAUAAGAAAUAACCUGGAUAUGAACGCGAUUUCAUUACUUGUUUUGCUGAUAGUUGUGACGGCAGAAACGUACGCGAUUUGUGUUUUAACCACAAAUCUUUCACUAGAGAGCUUUGCCGUAGCGGCAGCCAUUUACAACAGUACCGAUUGGUAUAAAUUGCCUGUCGAUAGUCAAAAAGCCUUAUCACUGAUGCUGCUUAGAGCUCAGAAGCGAGAAGGUGUGACGGCAGCCAAAUUUUGCUUCAUGGAUAUUGAACGAUUCGGCAAGGUUGCGCAAACAUCUUACUCAAUUUAUAUCGUAAUGAAGGACCAUAUUUAA